AUGCUCAAACGCAAACUGAGCUUCAAGUGGUUUGGGAGCCUUAGCAACCUCUCCUUUCGACGAAAUUCAGACAAGUCAAAGGAUCAUGGCAGUACAGACAUGCCCCCAGUCAAUGAAACUUCCAUUGACGACAUGGACAUGCGCCCACGGUGUUCCAGUUAUGUUCGCUCCAGUGAAAUGUACACCCACAUGGGCACCAUGCCCCGUCCACACCAUAAAAAGAAGGAGAAAAGCACAAAAGGAUCACGUAAGGCCAAAGGCAAGACAGGCUUGAGUCGCAGUGAGAGUCAGAGGCCAGCAGGAGACUACGUCUGCGAUUCGCCGCUCCUCAGUGCUUUGUCCUCUGGGGGUCUGCCAGCCUUGGUGAGGACCACUGAUGAAGCUGAGCCAAAUGUUCCGGCUGGUGAUACCAAGCCUGAGACUAGUGAAGGGAUCCAGUCUGUCUCUGGAACAACGCUGGACUCUGGACUCACCACUGAUCAGAAUGUGUCACAACAGGUACCUUCUCCACACCCAGCAUCUCUGACAGCGACCACAGAUAAGUUACCUAUAGAUCAGGAAGAGUCAGGUUCAGGUUCCUCAGGAGGACAAGACUCUUUACAACCAAACCUGACAGUGGUGAAAGAGUGUCCUGAUAAACCAGUACUGCCAAGGAAGGGACAUGAUGCUAAAAGUCUCUCCAUAUGUGCUGGAGAGCCCGGGGCAAACUCUAGCCUCCAGCUUGAGCAAACGUUCAGCGGUCUGAAGGAGCGGGAUCUGGGUGAGGCAUCAAAAAUACAGGAAGAGAAACCUGAGGGAAGCUUGGGGAAAGUCCCUGAGGAGGAUGAAGAACCAAAGAGUCACACAGACAACGCUGAUAGCCAGGGAGAAUAUGUAGAGUUCUCCAAGGAGAAAUACCUACUGGAGUCUCCUCCUGAGAAACUGCGUAAGGAGCUGGAGGAGGAGCUCAAACUCAGCAGCAGUGACUUGAGGAGCCAUGGCUGGUACCAUGGUCACAUCCCUCAAGAGGUAUCAGAGACACUGGUGGUACGUAAUGGUGACUUCCUAAUCCAUGACUCUCUGACGAGCGUGGGUGACUAUGUACUAACAUGCCGAUGGCAGCAGGAGGCGCUACACUGUCCCAUUAGUAAAGUGCUGGUGAAGAGCGGUCAGUCUAAGGUGCAGUACCUACUGGAGCAUCAGAGCUUUGAUUCACUCCCCGCUCUGGUGCACUUUCACCUGGGUACGCGCCAGCCGGUUUGCCAGCAGAGUGGAGCUCAGAUCUGCUGCCCGGUGAACCGUACCUUGCCUCUGCGCUAUCUAGAAGCCACUUUUGCCCUGGCCCAUGGCAGACCGGGACUGGUCCACUCACCAUCCAGCCCCAGAGGAGCUCACAUCAAGAGACGCAGUGUCACCAUGACGGACGGACUCACCACAGAAAAGAUAAUCCCACACAGCCCCUCCACUAUUCACCACAAGGAGGCAAUGAGGAACUGUGCCCUGAGCAUGGAUCAGAUACAGGAGUUCCGCUGUCCUCUGUCCCCAGUGGGCGAGGCUCCCGCCUCCCCUGCCUACAGCUCCAUCUCCAGACACAGACACGGCUCUGGAGGGCGCGUCCUGGCUGUAGUCCCGCCCUCUCCAGUCAUGCGUCGCUCUAGUGAGCCCCAAGUCAGCCCUUCUGCCUCCAAUAACAAUCUCCCUUGCUCAGACCUGCCCCCCAGCGCCCACUCUUCUCCUGCCCAUCAUGGCUACCCAUCAGAGGGCUCUGAACCUGGGGGUAGUUACUGUGAGCUUAGACCUGGCCUGGCUCCAGUCCCACCCUGUAAGAGCUACGUGGAGAGGCUGAGGGUGGAGGAAGCCCGUCAGGCAGGUCCUGGGGCUCAGGAAGGAGGAGAGACCUUCACACCACCCAUGAUGGAGACAAGUUCAUCUUUUAGACCAGGGAAGUACCAGUCUCCACUGUUGCCUGCAGAGAAUAAACCUCUGGAGAUGAGUGUACUGAAGAGAGUAAAGGAGCUGCUGGCCGAGGUGGACCCCAAGACUGCUGCUAAGCAUAUUACCAGGGCUGACUGCAUGGUUGCUAGGAUACUGGGUGUUACCAAGGAGAUGCAAAGGAUGAUGGGAGUAGGUUCUGGACUGGAGUUGCUGACUCUUCCACAUGGUCACCAGCUGAGGCUGGAUUUACUGGAGAGGUACUACACCAUGUCUAUAAUGAUGGCAGUGGAUUUGCUGGGCUGUACUGGUAGCACAGAGGAGAGAGCAGCUCUGUUGCAUAAGACCAUCCAGCUGGCGGCUGAACUCAAAAGCAACCUUGGCAACAUGUUUGGAUUCGCCGCAGUAAUGAGAGCCCUGGAGUUGCCUCAGAUCUCUCGGUUGGAGCAGACCUGGAUGGCGUUGCGUCAGAGACACACAGAGGGCGCUAUCCUCUACGAGAAGAAACUCAAACCUUUUAUGAAGGCUAUGAAUGACGGCAAAGAGAGCUGUGCAUUAUCCAACACGUCUUUCCCUCACGUGGUGCCGCUCUUGUCCCUGCUGGAGCGGGGCGUGGCUGUAGGGGAAGUGCUGGAGCCCUGGGAGAGUGUGGAGUCCGGGGUCGACGUGGUGAUGAGUCACCUAGAGGCUGCCCGUACCAUCGCCCACCAGGGGGGUCUUUACCGUACCAACGCAGAGACCAAGUUACAGGACUUCCAGGAGAGGGAGGACGUGUCCGAGAUUUUCUGCACCGAGUUCCAGAUGAGGCUGCUGUGGGGCAGUCGCGGCUCGGAGGGCAGCCAGGCCGAACGUUACGAAAAGUUCGAUAAGGUCCUGACCGCGCUUUCCCACAAACUAGAGCCCCCGGUACGCCACAGUGAGUUAUAG